UACCACAAUUUCAACCGAGUGGGGUACGGAUACCAAAUAUUAUAUUAUAUAGUAUAUAAUACAGUAGUAGCCUAGUUGUUACAGUUAAUGAUGUUGAAUAUCGUUUAUAGACUCGUUCAAAUGAAAGGAAAGAAAAUAUUGUCUAACAUGUGGAUUGCAUAAGCGUUUCUGAAACCAACAUUUCAUUUUGACUCAUUCAAAAGUUUGUCAUCAGUUGUUAAAUGAAUAUCAUCCUCGCUUGGUGCACCGUUGUGGUUUGCAUCAGUCUACAUCGCCCUACGGAAGCGGUACACUCGACCGAAGCGAGUGCAAGACCCGAAAGUUUCCCAGUAUUUGUUGAGGGUAAGGUUCAUGUGUCUAAUGAUGGACCCACUAUCCUGGGAUCGAUUGCAACCUUUUAUGCAAGACUUCUUGACAAUGAUGGCAACGACUUGGAGUCUGGAGAAUUUCUCUUCAUUUGGCAAGACGAGUCUUACUUUGAAUAUGAAGAUUUAUCAAACACAACUUCAAAUUUUACCUGGAAGUAUUCUAAAGACAAAGCGAUUGGAGAACAUACUGUACAGUUAACUGUCUAUUAUUAUUAUCUACUUAAACGCUAUGCAGACAGUACAACAUUCAUUAAUAUCACAGAAACUAUCAAUGGUCAGUUGGAGUUUGCUGAAGGCAAUGCAACAAAUUUAAACUCAGACAUCUUUGAAUCCAACAAGAUGUUACAGAUUAUUGCCAGCCUGUAUGACCCAUCCGCAUAUUUUGAAAAUGCAGACAUUAUUUAUGAAUGGAAAAUUUGGAAUAUGUCCGAGUCAUAUCAGUUGGUUACUGUCAACAAGCCAAGAAUUUCUUUUAACUUCACUGUCCCAGAUAAGUAUGAAAUUGAUGUCUUUAUAACAGCUUUUGUUCCUGAAGAUAAGAUUUAUUUAAAGAAACUGGGAAAUUUUAAUUCUUCUGUUUUAAUAAAAGAUAAGGUUAGCAAUCUGCAAAUGACCGGUAGUACACAAGUGACAACUGGCGAGACUCGCCAGUAUCAGAUCACAUGCAAUGCAAGUCUUCCAGCUUAUUUAUGUAGCCAUCUGUCUCUUAACUCAUCGUGUAUGAACGCUGUUGACGGAUGUGUCCCCGUUGAACUCAACGAUACUUGUUCGGCUAUGAUCAACCUACAGUUCAACGCUUCUGGAACACAUUGUCUAAGUGUGAAUGUUUCUAAUGAUGUCAGUACUUCUGGAAUAGGUCAAAAUAUUAAAGUUAAGAAAGAAAUACCGCAUGAGAAAGCCGUUUCCAUCACGAUCGGUGUCCUAUUUGGCGUAGUAUGUUGCAUCAUAUCAUUAUAUCUUGUUGCUCAGCAAGUUAAAAAGUCACGAAGAACGAACAUCGAGGUCGCAAACUUUGAUUUCCAACAAAAUGAAAGUGGUUCAAAUUUUCGCAUGUUCACACACAAUGUGAAAGAGACUUGGAAACUUUUCUCAUCAAAAAUGUCUUCGAAACAGGCAACGGAGUAUAGGCCUCUAAUGCAAGAGGAUAGGGACUUAUAAUUCAAAGCAGAUUUAACUUGGUGAUUGAGAUGCUUGCCUUCCAAUCCCAGGAUCCCAGAUUCAGAUCCUGUCAAGAGAAAGGAGUGUAGCAUGCUUUCCUGACAAAGCAUUUUAAUACCCUGUACAAGCAGGGAAAUUCAAAUUGAAAGAAGCCACUUCUGAAAAAUGUGGUUAACUUAGCUUCCGCAACACAUCCAUCUUCUUUUUGUUUUGGAUUGAUACCCAUUGCUAGCUAAAUUCAUGGAGGUAAUUGAUAAUAUAGUACAUUAGCCAGCGGUGAGAGGCCAUCCCCUGUUGGGGAGAAAAUCCACAAUUUGUCGGGAGAAAAUAAAAUGUUUAUGUAUUUUCUACGUGUUAUUAGACCAAAAAUCGAUUAAAUAAGCCUUUAAAACCCCUAAAUUGUCAUUUUUCUGGGGGUUUGCCCCUAUGGAACACUUUUAAGAGAUUUUGAGCAAUGCACGACCACGCCCAAUUUUUUUUUUCAGGGAAAUCGUCCCUCCCGUUGUGGAACUUGGACAAGUCUUCGGGCGAACCCUUACGCUACCACUGGUAGCAUAUUCGGACUCAACAUCUGUAAAAAAAAAAUUGGUGGCAUAUUAAAUGUAACAGUUGCAGUGGCGGGUCAGGGAAUUUGAAAUAGAGGGUCCAGUGAGGGAUUUUCACAGGUGAAGACCAACUUAGCCCCGCCAUGGUUGGGAAAAAAAAAUUUCCUUUUUUCCGGAUCUAUUUAUAAUUUUGAAAAAAGAAAUUGGGAGGGGGGGGGGUGGCUGAAUACACCACUGAUUUAAAAUCAACAGAGUAAUCAAUAAUUACUCCUCUAAAAGGCCCAGUGCACUGCCUGUAGCUACGCCACUAACAUUAGCAAUGAAAACUUGUAAAUAUUAAGAAUUUGCAGGAGAUGAGUUAGUUUUGGGAUUCCUGAUAGUCUUAUGCUGAGGUCUUCAAAUAAUUUCAUUAGGUUUUUUUUAUUUAGGUAUUUGUUGUAUAUUCCUAGUAUUAAAACCCAGUAAAAGGAUACGUUCUGCUACGCUUUUCUUCCACUAUCAGUCGAUCUUGUCGGGCAAUGAAGCUGGGAGCUAUAUGUUGUUAGCAAUGCUUUUCAUGCACCUUUUAAUGUGGUUUGGAGGGAGUAUUCUGGUAUUGGAGGGUGGGUACAGUUUCACUAUAAUUAUUGAGUUUUUAGUAUUAUAUUAUUGAGUUAAAAUGUGCAAUCUUAUGUUAAUUAUUAUUAUUAUUUUCUUUUAUAGACUUAAAGCAAAAGUCUAUAGUAAUGAAUUAAGGAUAUACAUUUUGCUAGAUAAGGCAAGAAUUUUUAUACAGUACCUUGUUUCGCAAACUUAUUUUUUGUUAAAUCGAAUAUAAUUCUAUACAAGUUCUAUAAAGUACUGUCCCACAGCCAAAGAAGUAAUCAAGUGCUGAAUUUUAUUUCAUCAAUGCUAUAUGACUAAAAAGAAAGUAAGUGCUGCUCAAUCCUGACUGCCCUUAAAUGUAAGUUAAUUAGCCUAGGCCAAAAAAAAAAACAAUGACCGACUGACUGAUUAUGAAUAGAAGUGGCAAUUGCAAGUACAGUAUGGUAAUUAAAGGCAACCAAAAUAUCCUUUCAAGUACAGUAUUGUAUAUAAUAAAAUAUAUAAUAACUAUAUAAAAUGCAAUAAAAUGUUGGAUUAUUAAUACAGUACUAUUUACGUACUGUUGCACAAAGCUUUUAUCAAGUUAAUAUUUAGUCAAUGCUUUAUUACCUGAAUAGCUAUUGUAAAAGUGACCUACCAUACCUGUAUUAAAUCUUGUAUAUGCCUUUAGAAUAAUUGUAUACAAUCACACUUAUUAUCAGUCACCUUAAUGAAGUAUAUUUUACUAUAAAUAAUAUAUGUACAGUCAAACUUUGCUUCAUUCUGUAUACUUCUUGCAUAUGUUUAUAAAUAUUAGGCAUUAUCCUGUCUUAACUCCAGCCUUGCUAUUACUGUUCGACAUAGCUUUUUUAGUUUUCUUUAUUAAUGCACCGAUUGAACUGAACCAUCAGUGGCACCACGAUUUGCCCAACAGAAGAGAAUAAACUGUCUGAUCAACGUUGACCAUCUCGGUCUACAACACCAAGAAUAAAAUUCAAAUUUAGACCAUUUUAA